UGUCUCUGGUUUCCGGAGGCAGAGUGAGGGCUCCUGUAACCUCUGCUGUUGCACUAGUGACUCAUACGUGGAUGCUUUUUCUUUCUGUGUCACUGAUUCGCGUUGUUCACUGUGCCUGACUAUGCUAUAGAAAGAGAGCCUUAAUACUAAAGGAUGAGCCCUGGCACACAGGUUACUUGGCAUUAACACACCUCUGGUCAACUUUUUGCUGACCCAUGGAGAAGGUGGCGUCUCCUCUCUAGGUUUCCUUCGGUAUACUUGUCCGUGUCACCCAGAGAUCAAAUGAAAAGGAUGGCUAUGACACUGGAUAAGUUCACCCGCUCGGUGGAUGCCAAGUCUCUCCCUAGAGUACUGCAGAUGCAAUCUGGAUAUUAUUUCCAAGGUUCUGGGUAUGAGCUGUAUGGAAGAGAGGGGAGUUUCUCCUGCGGAGAGCUCUUGAAGGUCAUUGGGAUCAGUGUUACCAGACUCAUAGUGGAACUUCAGUCUGAGGGAUCCAAAUCCAUAACAGUCGAUCUAUCGCUUGACUACCCAGGCCUUUUCAGGAUCGUGACCGACAAGAGGCCAUACACCAGUAUACAGGAGAUUGUUGACUCAGUGCGUAUCAGCCCUGAGUGCCUGGGCCAACCAGAGUUCUACUGCCCUGAGAAGCUACAGCUUCCUGAGGGGACCAUCCAGGCAGAGGAGAGCUUCAGACUCACUGCUCUUAGGACAGAGCACGGAGACAGCCAUGUUGACUGUGAGGUCACGCGGAAAGACUCCAAGCACAUCUUCACUGUGAAGCUCUCGCACACUGGGGAGUUCUAUGAGUGUGCCGACGACCAGUUCUACACCCUCGGGGAGCUGGUAGAGUGGAAAAUCUGCAAAGGCAGGAAAAGGACAGUGACUUGGGCCAAGUCUUUGCCGUCAAAGGAGAAGUGCGUGUCUGAGUUGCCAGAGGACUACAGUGGAGAGUUGGUUCUCACACCUGUCUAUGAGCUUCAGACGGUAUCCAAGUUUGGGAAGAAUGUUGUUUUCAUCCCAUCCACCCUGGAUGUUGAGGUUUUGGACGUUACCGAGGAGAGUGACGGUGCCUGUUUCCUGCAGCCUCUGUCCUUCCGUGAUGUCUUUGCCAAGCCCAGCGAGUUCUUCCCCUUCAAAGCAGAAGUCAUCGAACCACCAUCACAAGUUCAGGAGGAAUUGGGUUUCCUGAAAUCCUCUAAGCAGGUCAUUGUCCACAGUGCCUACCAGGCGAAGAGAAUCCUAGCAUCUGAGAUUCGCAGCGAGGCCCAGAGACGCUUCCUCAUCCCAGUGUCUUACAAUGGCAGGUUCAAGCGCAGGCCCCGGACAUUUCCCACAGCGUAUGAUCUGGAGGUGGCCAAGAGUAACAUGGAGCCGCUGCACGUAGUGGCCACCAGGGCCUUUGAGACCCACUACGAGGGGCUGUCCUCGGUGCUGGUGGGAGACCAGUACCUGGUACACAAGAUGGAGACAAGCGAGGUGAUCUACGGAGACAAGAGGAAGACGGUGGAGGCCCUGGCCUGUGAGAAGAUGGUGGGGAAGAAGUACGAGGCCGUGUUGAUCCCCAUGUGUCUGGACGGGGGUUUUGUGGAGGUGGUCCACGACAAGAAGCAGUACAUGCUCUCAGACAUCUGCCACAGGUUCUCCCUGCCCUUCAACGUCAAGGUGUCCAGGAGGGACCUCUCAGUGAAGGAGGACCUCUUGGCUGGGGCCACAGGGCUGCAGCUGGAGGAGGAGAUCACUGACCCUUACCUUAUUGUUUCCACCCUGGACCUGGCCCAGUGUUGGGAGGUGCCUGUCAACCGCACCAACAUGGCCCUGCAGCUUCUGGAGCGGUGGAAUGGCCCAAAGCUGACCCAGGGCGAGGCCGUUCGCUCAGCUGUAGAGGAGAUAGGAGAGGACUGCUACUUCACCCUGAGGAGGUAUGUCAAUGCCAGCGUGCUGCCUCCCCCUCGACCACCCAAGAGACCCCAAAAGCACUCAGAAGAUACAGUGAAACUGCCGCCUCCCAGGCCGAUGAAGCCAGAUCCCCCCUCUCCAAAGAGCCCACAUACAGCCAAUACAGCCCAACCAGCAGUGCCUACCUCUAGAGCAUCUAGCUGUGCAGAACAGAACACCCCUCCACCAAGAAAUAAAACUUCCAAAACAAGUCUGGUCACCGUGUCUGAUUCAGGCCCACAAAAAGGUGUGUCUAUGUUUCUAUAUUCUAUCAGAAUACUUUUGUUGAAUUUUCAACAUGCUUGAAGGAUGGUGGUAAGCAAAAUUGCAGCAGACUCCUUUUGCGACUUAAUUGUCAGCUGCCAAUAUAAAUACAUUCUAGAUUUUGGAAAGCAACCGAUAACUAAUAUUAUUAACUGGGUGGUUCGAGCCCUGAAUGCUGAUUGGCUAACAGCCAUGGCAUAUCAGACCGUAUACUGUACCAUAGGUAGGACCCAAAAAAUAAUUUUUACUGGUCUAAUUACAUUGAUAACCAGUUUAUAAUAAAAAUAAGGCACGUUGUGCCUAAGAACAGCCCUUAUCCAUGGUAUAUUAGCCAUAUACCACACCUCCUCUGGUCUUAUUGCUUAAUUAAUCUCUAUGUCAAAAGCUUGACUUUGAUUCUCAUGCCUUGUUGUGUUUGUGUUCUCUCCUCAGCCACCGGUGAAGAAAACAGUCCUCAGCACCAGACAAUUAAAUAGGAUGAUGAUGGCACUAAUGAUUAUGAAUACAUUGAUGAGGAUGAACUGAAUGACCAAAGUAUUCACAGCAAGAGAAAAACUAUAAACACAUAUGCCAUGCAGACUGCGAAACAGGUUUAGGAAAUUAGAGAAUCAAUGGAUAUCUUUAGGAUGGAAUAGAAUCAAUGGAUAUGAUGAAUAUCUGAUAUAUAUCCAAGCUUAAAGUUUGAGUGUGAAGAUCAAUGAACAUUUUGGCAUGUGAGAUGUAAUGUUCAAAUUUCAAGCAACAUUUAUUUAUCUUUGUUAUUAUGCACUUUAUACUGAGCCACUCUUCCAUGUAAAUGUAUUAUUAUAGUCAUACAAUAAAUACAUUGUUUGUACAUUAAUCAACAAGGUCGUUUGUCUACUGUGGAAAAGGA